AUGCCGAAAAUGGACGUUUGUCUCCAACUUUGUGCCUUUGGUCUGUCGCUGUUUUUAUUCCCAGUUGCCUUUGGUUGCAUUAAUAUUGGUAAGCAUUUUACAUCAUCUUCAAAUUUAGUUAAAAACCUCCUUUAGUUAAGUUAACGUAUCUUGAAGGCAACUCAAUUAAACAUCCAAAAGUGGAAUCAACAAUUCAAAUAUAUAUUAAACAUUCUUGAAUGAGUGGAAUAAAUUUCUAACACUUUGUGUUCCACUACUCCACAAUUUGUAGUAGAAAAUAAAUACUUAUACAUAAAAACUAGAAAAGAGAAAAAGCUUAGCGAUACUUCGAAUCAUGCUGCAUGGUGUGAAACGCUCAAAAUGAGAUUAACGGGAUGAACAUUUAAACGACUUUUUUAUUCCCUUUUUAUACUUUUUUGCUUUUAUUUUCAAAAGUGCAGUGAGUGUUAUUGUUUUUAAUUUUUCUCUUUUUUGACUCAUUUUGACUAAUUCAGCCAACCGGAAUAGUCAUGUAAAAUUGUCGUAUAUUUUGUUAAUAGUAUAUGUUGUGUAAAGAAUUGCAUAUAGUGCUUAUUGAAUUUCUUUGUUGAUAUUUUCCAAUAUCUUCAUUCAAAGCCUGUUAGCCCUAUUUGUGGUCACGCAAACGAAUUGAGUUCAAAAUAGUUUACCCAAAUAUACUGUCUGUUUAUGCGGUCAAGAAAGACUACCAACGCCUCAAAAUUUAUUGUGUCUUUGAAGCAAAAUAACUCGGAACGCUUCACUAUCAAUGGUUUGUUCACAUAUAAGACCACUGAAUUUGUGCCAAAUGCCCUUGCGCAACUUUGGACAAAAACGCGAACUUCAGUAUCUCGAAAAAUAUGUUCUGUUAUGUAGGGUUUUCAAAUUCGUUAUUAAGUAGAACAGUUUAGUUCACUAUUUGCGGGGUAACUUUUUUGCUUAUACAAUCGAAUUGAUUGGGUUCAAAUUACUUUUCGCAAACUCCUGGCUGUUACGCCGCAAGGAAAAAUUUAUAACGCCAGAGAAAUCACUGUGUCUUUCAAAACAUAUAAUUCGGAAGGCUUCGUCGGUGCGUCACAAAUAUAUAUUUUUUUAUCUGAGAACUAGACUUCCUAAACUUUGAAAAUGGGCCAAAUAGAAAUCAGUACCUUGAAUAUUUGCGGACUUAUGGUUUUUCGAAGAUUAACAUAAUGUCGUUAUGGCGGUCGCACGCGUCCAUUAGCGCUCGUCACAAAUUUCGACGCUAAAUGCCAAUAUGGCAGGGGCACCCAACGACUGUUUUCUAUAAAAUAUCUGUUCGGAGAAGUAAAUAUUGCCUAGAAUUUUCGAUUACUUGAGGGCAGCUAAAAAUUUCUAGAUGACCGUUCCAUUCAUGUACAAUUUUCGAAGCUUUUCCAAUAAAUCCGCUACGAUUUUCUGAAGUUUGAGUUUUCACAUUUUCCUCCCCAGGUUAGGUUAUUUUUAGUAGUAAAAAGGAAACUUAAAAUUUUCGGACUCAAAAAUGCUAUGUAGAGAGGAAUUAAAAAAAUCGUCGCUUUCGUAAAACGUUAAAUUGCAUCUAAAAUUUUCGGGAAAGAAAUACUGGAGCCCUAAUAAUUUCACUUCGAACAGACUCAAGUUGCCCUAGGAUGACCGAACAGAUACAAAUUUUAUAGCAUCGCGUAGAAUGCAUUUCUAGAGUUCUAAAAGUACUCUGGAUAGCCUAAAAAGUGUUUUCAAUGUAUGUAGGAGGAAACCGUCGUUGGGUGCCCCUAAUAUGGCCACUUUGGAUCAAAUAAAGGAGGUUGUAAGGGGAGAAACAGACAAAAUUAAUUUGAAGCUCGAUAAACUGACAGCAAAUGUUGAAAAACUUUGUAAAACAGUCAAAUUCCUUAAUGAUAAGUACGACGAGCUGCUUCCUCAAGUGCAGCAAACAAACGGGAAGUUAAACCAGCAGGCAAAAAGUGUUGAUGCUGUGAAGGUGGAACUUGACAAAGUUAAGAAAUGUGCUACAGAUGCAAUGUCCUAAAUUGAAGAAAUGGUCCAAUAUGUGUGCAGAGACUGUCUGGAAAUUCAGGGUAUAAAACCUUCUGCCGAGUGCACAUUGGUGCAGUGAUUGGUGUCCCUACAGUGAAGGAAGAAAUUUCUAUCGCUCAUCAAAUUCCCACCUCUGAGGAGGAUGCGCCUCUAAAGAUAAUUGUUGAAUUUACAAGGAGAAAUAGAUUCUAUCAUAAUGGUAGUCUUAGAAAGCUGGCCAACGAGAAAAUUCAAGAUUUACCCUAUCUUAACCUGAAGUCUAAUGAAAAUUUUUACAUUUCCGAAUCACUCACGCCCUACAAGAAGCAACUCUUCAGUAAAGUAAACAAGCAAAAGAAGAAAUUAAAGUGGAAGUACAUAUGGACACAGAGUGGAAUAAGCUUUAUCAAAGCAAAUAAGAAUUCUACUACGACUCAUAGUUUCGACACAUUGGAGGACCUUGUAAAAUUUCAAAAUGAACUUCAACAUCUUACUGCCUAGAUUCUUCCGUCCACAGCUUUUCCACUAACGAGGAAAAAGACACCAUAGUCUAGAAAAACCGCGCAACAUCGUGUUCAAAUUUAGUAUAUAUUGAGGUAUUCUUUAUACGUUAUCUGCAUGAUUCUAUUAUUGAAUGGCGCAUAUUAAUCUCAACAGUUUAAGUGAACUUCCAUUUCAUGACUUGAAUUUAGAUCAGUGAAUUCCUGAAGGAAACAUGUACGUGGGUUUAUCCUUUGUUUGAAAAUCUUUUUCAAUAUGCCAGCAGCCGGCAUACAUACAACACAAGAUAUGAAUCUAAGCAAAACCUCUGCAAGCCACGUCCUCGAACAUGGGCAAACAAAUUUUUUCGUAUCAGCUAAUAGAUCUCUGGAGCGAUAUUCCUCAUCACGUGAAAGAUCUCACUACAUUUUCCUUUUUCAAAGAAAUAAAACGUUAUUUGCCAUCAGAACAAUACUCGAAAGUAACCUCAAUAGAAUUUUAUUAUUAACUAUAACUUAAUUCUGCUAUUGGCUCCUCUCCUCUUCUGGCUCUCUUUUUUACUGAUACAAACUUAAAACAGUAUUAGGGGUUAACACGAAAACCUCACUGUUCCUUUAGCCUCUAGGCUCCAAAUGAUUAAUUAUUAUUCCUAUUUAUCACAUUGUAAAUUCGUAAUGUAUAUAACUUUUUUUCUUGUAAUAAUUCUAAGUGAGUGAGCCAAUGAAAGAUUGUUGUUGUCAUUGUUGUCUAAGUUCACUUAUAAGAAAAAUAAAAAAUUGCCCACAAUCACCUGUGCGCAACUUCGGACAAAAACACGAAAUUCAAUACCUCGAAAAAUAUGCUAUGUAAAGUUGGGAUUUUAAAAUCUUGAUGCAGUAGAACAGUUUAUUUCACUAUUUUCAAUUUAAUUUUUGGCUUAUGCAAUCCAAUUGAGUUCAAACUAUGUUUCUUAAGUUAAGGUAAUUCGUGACAUUUCUACACAAAUUAAUCAGCGCGUGCGUACACAAAAAUCUAUGCUCGUUGGCACUUAGCGAUAGCUAUAAUAAGUUUAUAUAAUAUUUGUCGCAUCGACAAGUUAGCAAGAAAGAACCUAGUAAAUUAUAUACGUUUUUUAAGCCUUCUUUUCUCAAGAUUCGCUUGCUGAUGAAAUACAUUUUUGCAAGGGAGAAGGAGGUGGGAGCGGCCAUAGGACCCCCUUGGGUUUUGUUAUGUCGUUGUAUUCUGCAGAAGUUUAUUGGACAAACUUUUAUGAUCUCUACAACUUGGCAUAAACAUUUGACCCAUUGAUUCUGGGACAUGCCACUGCUAUUUAUCUGAGAACUAGACUUCCUAAACUUUGAAAAUGGGCCAAAUAGAAAUCAGUACCUUGAAUAUUUGCGGACUUAUGGUUUUUCGAAGAUUAACAUAAUGUCGUUAUGGCGGUCGCACGCGUCCAUUAGCGCUCGUCACAAAUUUCGACGCUAAAUGCCAAUAUGGCAGGGGCACCCAACGACUGUUUUCUAUAAAAUAUCUGUUCGGAGAAGUAAAUAUUGCCUAGAAUUUUCGAUUACUUGAGGGCAGCUAAAAAUUUCUAGAUGACCGUUCCAUUCAUGUACAAUUUUCGAAGCUUUUCCAAUAAAUCCGCUACGAUUUUCUGAAGUUUGAGUUUUCACAUUUUCCUCCCCAGGUUAGGUUAUUUUUAGUAGUAAAAAGGAAACUUAAAAUUUUCGGACUCAAAAAUGCUAUGUAGAGAGGAAUUAAAAAAAUCGUCGCUUUCGUAAAACGUUAAAUUGCAUCUAAAAUUUUCGGGAAAGAAAUACUGGAGCCCUAAUAAUUUCACUUCGAACAGACUCAAGUUGCCCUAGGAUGACCGAACAGAUACAAAUUUUAUAGCAUCGCGUAGAAUGCAUUUCUAGAGUUCUAAAAGUACUCUGGAUAGCCUAAAAAGUGUUUUCAAUGUAUGUAGGAGGAAACCGUCGUUGGGUGCCCCUAAUAUGGCCACUUUGGAUCAAAUAAAGGAGGUUGUAAGGGGAGAAACAGACAAAAUUAAUUUGAAGCUCGAUAAACUGACAGCAAAUGUUGAAAAACUUUGUAAAACAGUCAAAUUCCUUAAUGAUAAGUACGACGAGCUGCUUCCUCAAGUGCAGCAAACAAACGGGAAGUUAAACCAGCAGGCAAAAAGUGUUGAUGCUGUGAAGGUGGAACUUGACAAAGUUAAGAAAUGUGCUACAGAUGCAAUGUCCUAAAUUGAAGAAAUGGUCCAAUAUGUGUGCAGAGACUGUCUGGAAAUUCAGGGUAUAAAACCUUCUGCCGAGUGCACAUUGGUGCAGUGAUUGGUGUCCCUACAGUGAAGGAAGAAAUUUCUAUCGCUCAUCAAAUUCCCACCUCUGAGGAGGAUGCGCCUCUAAAGAUAAUUGUUGAAUUUACAAGGAGAAAUAGAUUCUAUCAUAAUGGUAGUCUUAGAAAGCUGGCCAACGAGAAAAUUCAAGAUUUACCCUAUCUUAACCUGAAGUCUAAUGAAAAUUUUUACAUUUCCGAAUCACUCACGCCCUACAAGAAGCAACUCUUCAGUAAAGUAAACAAGCAAAAGAAGAAAUUAAAGUGGAAGUACAUAUGGACACAGAGUGGAAUAAGCUUUAUCAAAGCAAAUAAGAAUUCUACUACGACUCAUAGUUUCGACACAUUGGAGGACCUUGUAAAAUUUCAAAAUGAACUUCAACAUCUUACUGCCUAGAUUCUUCCGUCCACAGCUUUUCCACUAACGAGGAAAAAGACACCAUAGUCUAGAAAAACCGCGCAACAUCGUGUUCAAAUUUAGUAUAUAUUGAGGUAUUCUUUAUACGUUAUCUGCAUGAUUCUAUUAUUGAAUGGCGCAUAUUAAUCUCAACAGUUUAAGUGAACUUCCAUUUCAUGACUUGAAUUUAGAUCAGUGAAUUCCUGAAGGAAACAUGUACGUGGGUUUAUCCUUUGUUUGAAAAUCUUUUUCAAUAUGCCAGCAGCCGGCAUACAUACAACACAAGAUAUGAAUCUAAGCAAAACCUCUGCAAGCCACGUCCUCGAACAUGGGCAAACAAAUUUUUUCGUAUCAGCUAAUAGAUCUCUGGAGCGAUAUUCCUCAUCACGUGAAAGAUCUCACUACAUUUUCCUUUUUCAAAGAAAUAAAACGUUAUUUGCCAUCAGAACAAUACUCGAAAGUAACCUCAAUAGAAUUUUAUUAUUAACUAUAACUUAAUUCUGCUAUUGGCUCCUCUCCUCUUCUGGCUCUCUUUUUUACUGAUACAAACUUAAAACAGUAUUAGGGGUUAACACGAAAACCUCACUGUUCCUUUAGCCUCUAGGCUCCAAAUGAUUAAUUAUUAUUCCUAUUUAUCACAUUGUAAAUUCGUAAUGUAUAUAACUUUUUUUCUUGUAAUAAUUCUAAGUGAGUGAGCCAAUGAAAGAUUGUUGUUGUCAUUGUUGUCUAAGUUCACUUAUAAGAAAAAUAAAAAAUUGCCCACAAUCACCUGUGCGCAACUUCGGACAAAAACACGAAAUUCAAUACCUCGAAAAAUAUGCUAUGUAAAGUUGGGAUUUUAAAAUCUUGAUGCAGUAGAACAGUUUAUUUCACUAUUUUCAAUUUAAUUUUUGGCUUAUGCAAUCCAAUUGAGUUCAAACUAUGUUUCUUAAGUUAAGGUAAUUCGUGACAUUUCUACACAAAUUAAUCAGCGCGUGCGUACACAAAAAUCUAUGCUCGUUGGCACUUAGCGAUAGCUAUAAUAAGUUUAUAUAAUAUUUGUCGCAUCGACAAGUUAGCAAGAAAGAACCUAGUAAAUUAUAUACGUUUUUUAAGCCUUCUUUUCUCAAGAUUCGCUUGCUGAUGAAAUACAUUUUUGCAAGGGAGAAGGAGGUGGGAGCGGCCAUAGGACCCCCUUGGGUUUUGUUAUGUCGUUGUAUUCUGCAGAAGUUUAUUGGACAAACUUUUAUGAUCUCUACAACUUGGCAUAAACAUUUGACCCAUUGAUUCUGGGACAUGCCACUGCUAAUACUUGUAACGUCAUUCAAAAUAGUCGCCAUCUAUCUUGACCACCAUUUGGAUUUUUGCUGAAAAUUCAUUUUUUGCAAAUAAUGUUGGAACGUACCUCUUACUAUACUUAGACAUUGUGCAGGGGAAACUAACCAAAUUUUAUCAAGAAAUGAUUGGUUAACUAUAGGACCACAACACAAGGCUACAUAAGCCACAAGAUAUGCCUCAGAAACAUAGUUUCAUAUCGAGCUUUUAACCCUGAGUUUGCGUCCCAGAAAUAAAUAUGUCAUAAAACAAAGAGAUGAAAGAGGAUCCCAGUUGUAAAGGCCUUGAAUGACAGUUCAGUCCUUGUUUCUUGGCAAGCUAAUUAUGAAGACUAAAACAGGGUCAUUGUCUAUUUUUUUUUCUCUUCAUUUUUCUCUGACAUACUUUUUUCCAUAAAGCGUGAUUUCAUUUUCCUAUUAGGAAUCCUAAAAUCGGGUUACUUUCUAAUAUAUAACUGAUGAUGAGAGUUUACCGAUAGUCAUGGAAAAUGCUUUGUCGUAUUUAACAGUUUUAAAGUUGGGCGUUGUAUUUAAUAAGAAGAUAAACACGAUUUACAUACGUCAUUUGGCAGAAGGAUUUUUAAAUUAAUUUUUUAAUUACUUGAAAUUGUCUAUAAAUAUAUUUUUACAUGCACUUUUUAGUUAUACGCCUCCACUCGAAUCAGCUCAACUUUUUCUUUGUGGCUGCAAAACUGCAAGACAUUAACUUUUAACUCUGCACCAUUUAGGUGGAGGGAAUUUUGGUUGCCCCUUAUCCCUGUACUUGAGCUUAGUUAGCUUGCUAUUCCUAUAGUAAGGGAGUACCAUAACAGCAGGUGGAUAAAUGUGACAUAUAUACUUAGAAUCAGCCUUUUUGCUGGAAAGGUUUUUAAUUCAAUUGAAUUGACUCACUUUACUCAAAAUAAGCCAAGAUCAGCAAACCACAUGGUAAACAUUUGCCAAGCAGUAUCGUGUUGUGCUUUUUUUUUUAUUCAUUCAUUAAAUUUACCGUUUCCCGACGCAUAAGUUUAAAGUAUUUGCUGUGGUUUAAAAUUUGAAAACUUUCUUCCCACUUUCCGUAAUCAUUAAUCGGAACAAAAAAAGAUCCCAGAUGCUAGUUCCUUAUAUUAGCGUAUCUGGUUUGUGAGAAUCGUAUAUUCAACAAUAAGGUGUGGCUUUCCCCUGCAUUAUUAACUUCUAAACAGCAUACUAGCUAUUAAACAACUUUAGAACUGACCGUUUUUAUAACCUACAGUCUCAGGUAGCUCCAUGUUCUAUUAAGUGAAAACUCAGGGAAAAAUUUUAUUUAGCAGUGAAGACGAGUAAGGUAAACUGCCAAGAUAAACAAACCCCCUCAGAUGCAGCCGGCUGCAAAAAAUGCUAAACAUUAGCUGACGUAAAGGGUGCUUCACUUUUUAAACAGUUCCGUAUCACAUUUAUCUCUUGUUGGUGUUCUUACACUUACAAAUACAGUGGAUAUAUAAAUUUUUAUAAAUCUAGAAGAGACAAACACUGCAUGGAUAAUAACUGGGAGCGCGUGCAAAAAAAUUUCUGCUGAGCGCGCUAGACCCUCAGAACUCGCUCAGGAAUCUAAUCGUAACUUUCUUGUCACUUUCCUUAAUAUGUUACGAAGUGAUGUCACUUUCUUCAAAUCGAGUUUAGUUAAGAACGUGGGUAUCUUUUCUUAAAACGUGUUCAAUUAAAGUUGGUACCAAAACAAUAACAAGCAUAGUCCAUUAACACAGGGAUGUUAAAUUUUAGCCACAGCUACCUGUAUAGGGAAAAUAUUGUUUUCUGUUCGUAUGUUCUUAUUGGUUGAAUAGUGACAUGACAUAGUUCUCUAUUUGAAGCCGAGAAAGGAAAAUUAAUAGGGUCAUACUGCCUUUAUAAUAAUCUUUUUCCCGUUUUUGGCGCACGUUUCAAGUUUCCACACCACUGAGGUAAGAUGGUAGGGAUAAUGCCAAGCAUGGACGUUUGUCUCCAACUUUGUGCCUUUGGUCUGUUGCUGUUUUUAUUUCCAGUUGCCUUUGGUUGCAUUGAUGGUGAGCAUUUAGCAUUUUAUAUUAUCUACAAAUUUUGAAAACCUUCUUUAGUUAAGUCACCGUACCUUGAAGGCAACUCAAUUAAACAUACAAAAUUAAAGCGGAAUUAACAAUUCUUGAAGCAGCGAAUUGAAUAUCUGACACUUUGUGUUUCACUACUCCAAACUUCGUAGUAAAAUUAAAUAUAAAUACUUAUCAUGACAUAAAAACCAGAAAGGAAGAAAGCUUAACGAUACUUCGAGUCAUGCUGCAAGCUGUGAAACGCUCAAAAUGAGGUCGAGUUAACGGGGUGACCAUUUAAGACUAACAAAGAGCGACUUUUUUACUCCUUUUUUAUUUCAUUUUAUUUUUUUUUUGUUUUCAAAAGUAAGUGUUUUUUAAAUUUUUAUCUAACUUAUUAUGACUAAUUCAACCAAUAGUCAUGCAAAAUUCUCGAAUAUUUUUGUUCAUAUAUAUAUGUUGAGUAAAGCAUUGCAUAUUAAGUGCUUAUUGAAUUUCUCAAUCAAUAUUUUUCAUAUGUCUUUAUUGCAAACCUGUUAGCCUAACCUUUUUUUAAAGUUCUUUUUUUUCGGUCUGUAACGUUUGAUAUGAUUAAAGCUUGGAAUACAUAUUUGUUUGCGAUGAAGCAGUCAUCUUGUCAGGACAAGUGAUUUCUUUGCUAACGUUAUAAGUUCUUCUGCUAUAUAAUAAGGAUCGAGGUGGAUUGGCAAUAUUUAAACAACAUGCUGGAAAUAAAUUGUCUGAAAACAGUAGUGCAACCGGAGUUCUCUUUUAGUCGUUGUCAUUUUUCACUGCCUAUUGCUAGAGCAAUUAAUUAUUAAUUGAUCUGUUAAUUUUCAAGACAUGACUGAAAUUUCUUAUUUUCUGUACAAGUUAUUAGCGGAAAUUAACUUGCUGUAAAAGGAAUUAAUAAUCCCCUUCAAAGCUGGCUUUUUCUUCCUACUGCUAUUUUCUUCCUACUGCUAUUUUCUUUAAAGGUUGCGUUUACCUGCAUUGACGGUAUUUGUUCAAGGUUCUUCUUCAUAUCACAUGCAGGCUUCUCUGAGAACGUGCGAGUUGUACGAAAGACAGCAGAAAUAAGAAGAUCGCUUAAAGAUUUUUAUUUAGGCCAAGUUCCUUUUCUGUUUCUCUUACUUCAAACCUUGUCCUUCGACUGAUAAUAUAUAGAAAAAAAAAAAUAGUUCACAUAUCAAAAUGAUUGUUUUGACUUCCUUAGAAACUGAAUAACAAGAAUUUAUAUGUAAUACUAAGCUAAGGGUAAUGGUAAAUAUCAAAAACGAGUUCGCUGUUAGAUAGUUCUCACAUAGCGUUUGUGAGUUCGUCACACGAUUUCGCAUAGAUUUAUACGCAAGCCAGUGUUCGUCACGGAAUGAUUUUCUCGCCUUUUUUAAAAAGAAGUAAAAGUAAUUUGGCCAGUCAUCCAUGGACAAUUAUCUACACCACGUACUCGCUUCUGGAUAAGCGGGGCGUGACGAUCAGCCACCUUAAGGCCCCGUCCACACGUAUCCGGAGAUUUUUGUAUCCGCAAAUUUUUUUAUGCGGAUACACCUAGCGUCCACACGUGUCCGCCGUAUACGCUCGGUGUAUCCGGAGAUUUCUGUAUACGCUCUCCAGAGUGGAAAUUUCUGUAUACGCUGUGUAUCCGGAUACGUGUGGACGCUCGUAUCCGUAUAUUUUUGUAUACGCUGACGUCACAGUAUCAGAACCAGUCUUUUUUUUUUAAUGCCUAUGCUCUGUUGACUAGUCCUUUGAGAUGUCCGGAUACGAAUCGGAUACGUGUGGACGGUCGUAUACAAUUCGUAUACGCUACGUGUGGACGCAGAUAUUUUUGUAUCCGCAUAAAAAAAUUUGCGGAUACAAAAAUCUCCGGAUACGUGUGGACGGGGCCUAAGGAAUGCGGACUUAAAAUUGAGCCAGAGUUUGUCAACAAAAAUGACAUUCUCAUUUGCUGUCCCGGAGGAAUUCAUUCUAUCUACCAAAUUAACACCUCUAAGGUUUUCACAAAACUUUGCAGGGUCUUAUUUUGCAUAAAUCCUGAAAAGCUUUGUUUCUGGGGCAGCUUUCAUCCAGUUUAACUGUCUUAUGCAAAAAAAACAUGUCAUGAUCGCUCAGACUCAAACUUAAAACCCUGCAGUCUCUAAUGUGAAAGUGGGUGGCUAACAAAUGAAGGGGUUUACUGAUCUAAAUUUUCCCUCUGUAAAUGUUGUUCAAGUUCGACACUACCGAGACAACAAAGGCGUCACUAUUUGCGGUACCUCCGCCACAGUUUUGUUGUGAAUAUGCGGCUUGAAUCGCCAGCUUCGAUGGGCCACUAAACACUAUCAUCGGAUCAAAGUCCCUCCGUUUAUAAACCCCCCUAAAAUGCAUUAACCCAGGGCUUAUAAGCCGAAGUUUAUAAUGAGUAAAAAAGCGGUAUCACAACCGACUGUUAUUGAACUAAACUGUUAUUGUGAAAGACUUAGCGCGAGUAGCUGUCAGUCUAAAGACGCAUUUAUCAAACACUGAUAAGGAAAAAGAAUCCCCCAAUGCAUACAAGAGUACUAGUAAUAGUUGACACUACAGCUGCCCCCGCUCUGUAUAUUGUCGGGCAAUAGUAUUCUCGCUCGUUUUGUAGCUCUUUGAAAUAUACCGAUUUCAUAAUGAAGAUGUUCACACAUAUUCCAUACAAUAGGUGAGAUAAAUUCAGGAAACGCAAGGUUCCGUGCACAGUUUCGGUUCGAUUUACACAGCUUUGAUCAAAACAUCCUCAGUUUCGAGAAUAGUUUAAUCCAAACCAUAUGAAAAGAUUUAAUUAGAAGUUUAAUUUUUCGCUAUUUCUAUUUCACUUUUCACAUUUAGUUCAUAUUUUUUACCGGAAAGUAAGCCAUAGAAAUUAGAAGGACGUUUGAUCAAAUCACGCUCGCGCAUUCUAGUCUAUUUAUUUUAAACUUUAUAGCGGAAGGGCAUCUGUGAGCAGGGAAUAAGUCAGCACAGAAUGUGAUGAUCGGCGAAUUUCUGUAAUCGUCCCUCGUUCUGCUGGUGAUAAGCUAGCCGUUGAAUCAUUUACUCGUCUUGCAUGUUUGGGGCCCAGUCUUAUUCCGGUCAAAGAAAGAGAAAGAGUGUCUGGCAAGGUUUCACGAAUCAAAGAUUUGUGUACUCGUGUCUGGCUACACUCACUUGGUGUUAAAAUAUACACUGUUAUACGCACCUUAUAACUUCAUCUGCGCUUAACGAGUGUCUUGGUCCAUAACUUUCAUAACAACUGCUCCAAAGAAUGUGACUGAUAACACGUAACGCAGAAGAUUAUCGAAGUAUGACUGCACAAUUAAUGUCACAAAAUCUACCUAUUGCAAGCGGUCCCUUCGGGAUUUUUUGUGUUUUACGUCAUCCUAACUAUUCGUACUUGCGGGCGCAAACAAUAGAAACGUCAUCAUUACCUACCGAUUCCUCGCGGCCCCUGUUCAAGCAAAUCGAGAUUUUUUCUAUAUUGACUGUAUGACUGUGUAUUUCAACUGCAAGUACUUUCCUUGAUAUACGCGCGAGUUACUAGUCUAAGAGUGCCUCCUCGGGAUUUCGCCUUCUACUCGAAAUCCCUGCGGGGGCAACAAUCACUUUUUACACUUUCAAUUCCUACAUAAUACGGAGCUUUCACGCCAGCCUUUGUAUAUAAAAUCUUAUCAAACCUAAAAGCUGAGCUCCAGCAUAAGACUUGACUCGUGAGUUUGUUAAAUAAAACCAAAACAGAGGAGCUAAAAACAAAACAAAUAAACAAAAGAAUUACGUAUUUAUUCAAUUGUUUCUUUCCUGUUUCAGAAAACUGUCGCAUACUGGUGUUCCCACCACCUUUCUUCUUCAUUAAUAAACAUUUGGUGAACCACAGAAUAGGAACUAGGGCUGGUGUCGAUUUUGAGACCUGCAAGCUGCAUUGUUACCACGAAAACAACUGCGUGAGUGUCAACUAUCGCGUGAACACACAAGAAUGUGAGCUCAACAACGCUACCCACCUUCUACAUGAUAAUGAGUUUGUGGACAAAGAUGGUUACCUAUAUCAUGGAGCAGAUGUAAGAUUGUCUUCAAUUUUAUUAUUGUUAGACCUCCUUCCUCUUUUCAUCCUCCUCCUCCUUCCUCCUCCUCUUCCUACUUUUCUCCUCUUCCUUUCCUCCCCUUCCUCCUCCUCCUCCUUUACCUUUCCUUCUCCUUCUCUUCCUGCUCUUUCUUUCCUCCUUCUCCUCAUCCGUUCCUUCUCUUCCUUUUCCUCCUCCGAUUCUUAUAUUCCUCCUCCUCUUCCUCCUCCUCCUCCUCCUCCUCCUCUUUUUUCCCUCCUUCUCCUCCUUGUCCUCCCCUUUCCGCCUCCUCCUCUUCCUCCUCCUCCUCCUUCCUUCUCCUCCUUGUCCUCCCAUUUCCUCUUCCUCCUCUUCCUCCUUCCUUCCUCCUUUCCGUUCUCCUUUUCUACUUCUUUUGCUGCUGGUGUUGCAAUUCUGAUCCUCAAAAAUGAGGAUGAAAUGUCAAAAAUCCUUGAACAUAAAAAGGUCCACGGCGAUGAUACUUCUUUACUGUGAAAACUCCGCUAGUCCCUUAUUUUACUUUCUUUUUCUUCUUUUUGAUAGAGUGCCUGUGAUAAGUCUCCUUGCUACAAUGGAGGAAUCUGUCAAUCCGGAUUUUCAGCAAGAGGAUAUCGGUGUUUGUGUCCUUCUGGUUUUAAGGACUUUCGCUGUCAAGCAGGUAAGAAAAUAAAUUAAAAACAGAAAAAGAAGCCUUACUUUCACUAAAGAUUUUUGCGGCUUUCGAGAACUACUUUUCUUAGUAUGAUUUGCCGGAGUAUUAAAUCCAAACCACAACUUCAACGUUUGGUGGACUCUUCAGCUUCGGACUUCACUGGACAUGUCGGAUGGAUUUCUGCAUAGCGUCAAACACGGACAGCAUGUUAGUAGAAAGACAAUUAAAUGAUUGUGAAUGAUCAAGCGGAUUGUUAGUUUGAUUGCAUGAAUAGAAAAUUUUCGAGAAAAAAUCUACAGGUUGUCGUAUGAAAGAUAAAAAACCGAGGGUCCGAUCGAGUGUGAGAAAGAAAAUAUAUUUGAUCAAAGAGUAAUUGCAGCCGGCGACGAGAAGAGCCCGCAAUCCUAAUCUCCAUCACGCCUGUACGGUACGUAUUGUCGGCAGCUUCGUUCAAACUUCCACUAAGAAUGCAGUGGAAUGCAGAAGUCGCAAUCUGAUAACGCUCGUUUGGACCUUCUAUCACUCGUUAUCUGAUUACGCCUGAUUUGACUUUCACUAUCACUAAAACUUACGCAAAGCACAGCGUUGGUUGAGCAAGACCAUCAUGUCAGACCUUCGCUGUCGUCCGCAUUCCGUAACCUUUAGUACAUAACAUAUCUUUGUUGCCACACUGUCCUGCGUAGAAUUGAUUCAAGAUGCAUCUUAACUAAAAUUAAUUAUCAUUCAGAUGUAGACGAAUGCCGGUCCAGCUCUCACAAUAAUUGUAGCAUCAAUGCCAUCUGCAAUAACACCAAAGGUUCCUAUAACUGUAGUUGCAAACCAGGGUAUAGCGGGAAUGGCCGCGACUGUUCAGGUGGGUGCUUGCAAAGUUUUAUCUAAUAUUAUUUACUUAGGCUCACGAAUCCUUGCAGAGUCACCGUUACAGCCCACACUGAAUUACUGGGGCCCGUAACAGUUCCUUCCCUCUUGAGAAAUAGACCACCACACAGUACGUGGGUUGUUCAUCGUCCCAAAGAAUUUAUCUGUGCCACGAUUGUGAGAUGGGACCUACGAUUUAUCGUCCUUAUCCGAGAACACUAAAAAGUAUAACCGUUUACAGAUUUCUUCCCGGUUUUUUUUUUUUGCAUUUGUUUACCUUCUAGUUUUGAGUAAUUUUGGUUAUAAGAAAUAAGAAAAUAAAAAGCACACAAGCACAGAAGAGCUACUAUAUUACGUAAGCGACUCCUCGAAGUAUAGGAAUACAAUUCUACUGGUAUGAUAUGCUUUACGCCUCGUAUCAUGUUAGAAACCAAAGUUAAAUAUAUGCGGUUCCUUUCUUAUUGAUGCAAAGCAACUUGGCAGCGAGUUUCAAAACAAAAAAGUGUUUAUUGUCACAUUAGCAAUGCUUGUAUACUGUUUCAAUAAUCAGACGACCACUUUGUAGAAUUCCUCUAAUACGACAGAUAAUGCACUUUUGCAGCGUUUAUGUUUAUCUUUUUUCGUACCAGCACCUUUAAAUUUACUGGGUUUAUUCUUCAGACAUAGAUGAGUGCAACGCUGCAAAUAAUAGCUGCCAUGAAAACGCUUGGUGCAAUAACACCCAAGGAUCAUUCAAUUGCUCCUGCAAACCAGGGUACGAUGGAGAUGGACACAAUUGUACAGGUAAAAUCAUCUGCCUGCGUUUGGUUAACGUAUCCACUUGUAAGUUUUAAAAAACCGUGAUCAGGAAACCUUUUUUUCUUCGAGGGAACGAGGAAACAUAGAGAUAUAGCCGAGGGGGACAUGUUCGCAGGCUAAAUGUGUCUAUUAUAUGAAAUGACGUAUACUAAUUUCUCCUUGUUUACUGCCGGAUUAUUGCAAUUUUUUAAGUCUAGCUUGCGUAAGCAGCGAGACCUCAUAAUCUGCAACGCGUUUUUCGUUAUAUUUAGGACAUAAAAGGGGGUCAUUGUGCCAGGCGUUCCUUCCGGGGACCGUGGAAACCGGGACUAAGAAUCGUUGCGUGAUCGAAGCCACGCAUGUUUAGCGAAGAAAGCUUAGGAAAUAGAGCUUUUCCGAAACAAGUCGGUUCACGAAUUCUAUCGCUUAAAAGCGUUGAUUACCUUGGAACAAGUGAACACUACUGAGUGGUCGAAAAAGAAAAAUAAGAAUCUUAAUUAGCAAAACUCCGCUGGUCGGGUGUUGUAAACUUUUAUUGUAUGGAAAUGGGUCUUGCGAUGAGCAUGCGGUUUAUUUUCGGCGAUGAUUGAAAUGACGUGCUAUGUAAAUCACUUUUUUGAUCUCUGGCAAUGAUUUUAUUUCUCUGGAAUCGAGGCCCUUGAAUUUUCGUGUAUUUAUACACGCGUAUAGCCUGCGACCGCAGACGUUAUUUCCGGUCGUCGCUAACACGCGUACUAAAUCAAUUCAGAAACAAAUAAAAAGUAUCGACGUCGAUAAAGUAGGUAGUAACAAGAAGGCACUUACAGCGGCAUUCUGUCGCGACUGCUUGGAGAUUAGAUCGAGAAAUGAGGACUGGCGAUUAAUUCUACAAGAAACAUGAUUAACUCGCUAAAGGUUUUUUACUUCCUACUGUAUCGACGUCGAUACUUUUUAUUUGUUUCUGAAUUGAUGUAGUACGCGUGUUAGCAACGACCAGAAAUACCUCUCCAGAAGCAGGCUAUACGCGUGUAUAAACUCUUUAAAAUGUUUCAGUUUUUCUUUUAAACUGUAAAAUUCGUCAGGCAUCUAUUACUUGGAAGGAACUAAUUCGAAAAUCACUGUGGUUGUCUAUUUUUAGAAAUAUCGCAGAAAUCGUGAAAAAAAAAAAAAGAGUUUAUAUGGUUUUGGGGGACGCUGUCAGAAAAUUACAGAGGGUUGUAUGGCUCUUCAACCACGUUUCAAGAGUCAUAACUUGAUUCCUUUUUCAACCUUAGAGCACCAAACUUGGUCAAAUGACCAAUCUCAACAUGACCUUUUAUAUGGUGGGGUUAGUUUAUCGAUUAGUUUAAAUUUGAAACUCGCCUCAGUUCCCUACGCAACUCCAAAAUGGCCAAUACGACAGAUAAUGCACUUUCGCAGUGUUUAUGUUUAUCUUUUCUCGUACCGGCACCUUUAAAUUUACUGGGUUUGUUUUUCAGACAUAGAUGAGUGCAACGCUGCAAAUAAUAGCUGUCAUGAAAACGCUUGGUGCAAUAACACUCAAGGAUCAUUCGAUUGCUUCUGUAAACCAGGGUACGAUGGAGAUGGACACAAUUGUACAGGUAAAAUCACCUGCAUGCGUUUGGUUAACGUAUCCACUUUUAAGUUUUUCAAACUGUGAUUAGGCAAUCUUUUUUUCUUCGGGAGAACGAGAAAACAUAGAGAUAAGGAGGGGGGCGUGGGGUAUGAUCGCAGGAUAAAUAUGUCUAUUAUAUGAAAUGACGUAUACCAAUUUCUCCUUGUUUACUGCCAGAUUAUUGCAAUUUUUUUAGUCUCGCUUGCGUAAGCAGCGAGACUCAUAAUCUGCAACGCGUUUUUCGUUUUAUUUAGGACAAAAAAGGGGGUCAUUGUGCCAGGCUUUCCUUGCGGAGACCGUGGAAACUGGGAAUAAGAAUCGUUGCGUAAUCGAAGCCACGCAUGUUUAGCGAAAAAAGCUUAGGAAAGAUUAAUUUACAGCUAUUCCGAAACGUGUCGGUUCACGAAUUCUAUCUCUUGAAAGCGUUGAUUACUUUGGAACAAGUGAACACUACUGAGUGGUCGAAAAAAAAAAAAAUAGAAUCUUAAUUAGCAAAGCUGAGAUGGUCGGGUGUUGUAAACUUUUAUUGUAUGCAAAUAGAUCUUGUGAUGAGCAUGCGGUUUAUUUUCGGCGAUGAUUGAAAUGACGUGCUAUGUAAAUCACUUUUUUGAUCUCUAGCAAUGAUUUUAUUUCUCUGGAAUCGAGGCCCUUGAAUUUUCGUGUAUUUAUACACGUGUAUAGCCUGCGACCGCAGACGUUAUUUCCGGUCGUCGCUAACACACGUACUAGAUCAAUUCAGAAACAAAUAAAAAAUAUCGACGUCGAUAAAGUAGGUAGUAACAAGAAGGCGCUUACAGCGGCAUUCCAUCUCGCCUUUUUGUAGAUUAGAUCGAGAAAUGAGGAGGCGAUUAAUUCUACAAGAAACAUGAUUUACUCGCUCGCUAAAGGUUUUUUACUUUCUACUUUAUCGACGUCGAUACUUUUUAUUUGUUUCUGAAUUUAUUUAGUACACGUGUUAGCUACGACCAGAAAAACCCUUCCAGAAGCAGGCUAUACGCGUGUAUAAAUACAUAAAAAUUCAAGGGCCUCGAUUCCAAAGAACUUACAUCAUUGCCAGAUAUCAAAAAAGUGAUUUACAUGGCACUUCAUUUCGAUCAUCGCCGAAAAUAAAUCGUAUGCUCAUCACAAGAGUCAUCUGCAUACAGUGAAAGUUUACCACACCCGACCAUCGCAAUUUUGCUACUUAAGAUUCUUAUUUUUUUCGAGCACUCAGUAAUGUUCACUUGUUCCAAAGUAAUCAACGCUUUCAAGCGAUAGAGUUCGUUUCGGAAAAGCUCUAAAUUUAAUGAUUCUUUAAUCUUUCCUGAGCUUUAUUCGCAUAACAUGCGUGGCUUCGAUCAUGAAACGAUUCUUAGUCCCAGUUUCCACGGUGUCCGCAAGGAACGCCUGGCACAAUGACCCCCGAUCUGUGACCCAAACACGACAAAAAGGUCAGGGGGUACUUCCAGAAAAAUUGGGUGGGGAUGUGCGGCACGUUUCCUGAAACCCUUACCCUACUUCAGACCAAAAUCUGUGAUUUUCCCUACCCUAUUCCAGACCUGAUCAAAAAUUUGAUACCCUAUCACAGACCUGAAGCCCUGGAGCCCAGCGCGUGACAAGCUGUUACGGCACGUACACGGUAGUUGGCGUAAACAUUAAAAGGGAAAUAAUCUUAUCGCCAAAUGAUGAAGAAGUAGCUAAUUCUUCUAAAAAGGAUAUCCAAUUCAAGACUAGAGUGCACAAACCAUACCCUAUUUACGACCAAAAUAUUAAUAGUCGAAACUGAUACCCUAUUUCAGACCAAAACGGCUGAAAACCAUACCCUUUAGCGCGGCACAUACCCAUAUAGCCUAUGUAAGGGACUACCCCCCCGGGGCGAAAAACUCAUUGCAGAUUAUGAGUCUCAAUGCUUACGCAAGCGAGCCUAAAAAAACCUUUAGCGAGUAUAUCGUAUUUCGUGUAGAAUUGGCGGCCUCCUCAUUUCUCGAAUCUACUGGUUGUUGUCUGAAAGAUAAAAAAACCGAGGGUCCGAUCGAGUGUAAGAAAAAAAUAUAUUUGAUCAAGGAGUAAUUGCGGCCGGCGGCAAGAGGAGCCCGCAGUCCUAAUCUCGAUCACGCCUGCACUUUACGUUUUGUAGGCAGCUUCGUUUCGACUUCCACUAAGAAUGCAGUGGAAUGCAGAAGUCGCAAUCUGAUAACGCUCGUUUGGACCUUCAAUCACUCGUGAUCUGAUUACGCCUGAUUUGACUUUCUAUCACUAAAACUUACGCAAAGCACAGCGUUGGUUGAGCAAAAGCAUCAUGUUAGACCUUCGCUGUCGUCCGCAUUCCUUAACCUUUAGUACAUGACAUAUCUUUGUUGUCACAUACCGUUCUGCGUAGAAUUGAUGCAAGAUGCAUUUUAACUAAAAUUAAUUAUCAUUCAGAUAUAGACGAAUGCCGGUUCAGCUCUCACAAUAAUUGUAGCAACAAUGCCAUUUGCAAUAACACCAAAGGUUCCUUUAACUGUAGUUGCAAACCAGGGUAUAGCGGAAAUGGCCACAACUGUUCAGGUGGGUGCUUGCGAAGUUUUAUAUAAUAUUAUUUACUUAGGCUUGUCAAUCAUUUCAGAGUUACCGGUACAGCCCACACUGAAUUACUGGGGCCCGUAACAGUUCCUUCCCUAAUGAGAAAUAGACCACCAUACCGGGGACUACGUUCCCAACUAUUUACGAACAGUACGUGGGUUCUUUAUCGUCCCAAAGAAUUUAUUUGUGCCAGGGUUGUGAGACGGGGACUACGAUUUAUCGUCCUUAGCCGAGAAGACUAGAAAGUCUAACCGUUUGCAGAUUUCUUCACCGUGUCUUUUUGUUUUUUUGCAUCUGUUUACCUUCUAGUUUUGAGUAAUUUUGGUUAUAAUAAUUAAGUGAAAUAAAAGGCACACAAGCACAGAAGAGCCAUUACAUUAUGUAAGCAACUCUUCGAAGUAUAGGAAAUACAGGAUAUUACAUGGCCGCCCGAGGAUACGAAUUUUAUCUUCGAGUGCUGAAAGUAUUUCUCACGAGUGAGCGAAGGGAACGAGUGAGAGAUACUUUCAGCACGAGAAGAUAAAAUUCGUGUCCGCAAACGGCCAUGUAAUGUUCUGUUUCUUUUAUAGAUACUGAUGAAAUUCCUACAUAAAAAACAACUUUUUUUUAUUCAUUUUCGACACAGCAAAAUAGUGCAAUUAAAGUGGUUAUCUAUCGCAAAAUGCUUGUCACAAAAAUGUCAUGAAACUCGGAUAUAAAGAUGUAAAGGAGAAAUAAAGACAAUAAUACUUAUAUUUUCUGUUCCGUAAAGUCAAAAUUCUAAUGAAGAAGAGAAAAAUUCUAUAACAGCAAAAGCGUAUGUUAGUAACCAUGGCGACACCAAUAUCCUCACACGUGAAAGAUAAAAAUAGUAUCUUCACUGCGAGCGAUGAAGAUAUGAUUUUUUAGCAAAAGGAAAAAUCCUGGUAUUUCAUCAGUAUCUAUAUAAUAAUACAAUUUUACUGGUAUGAUAUGCUUUACGCCUCGUAUCAUGUUAGAAACCAAAGUUAAAUAUAUGUGGUUCUUUUCUUAUUGAUGCAAAGCAAAUUGGCAGCAAGUUUUCAAAACAAAAAAGUGUUUAUUUUAACUGAUUUGCAGUGCUUGUAUAUUCUUUCAAUAAUCAGACGAACACUUUGUUGUGGAAUUCCUCUAAUACGACAGAUAAUGCACUUUUGCAGUGUUUGUGUUUAUCUUUUCUCGUACCAGCACCUUUAAAUUUACUGGGUUUAUUCUUCAGACAUAGAUGAGUGCAACGCUGCAAAUAAUAGCUGUCAUGAAAACGCUUGGUGUAAUAACACUCAGGGAUCAUUCACUUGCUCCUGUAAGCCAGGGUACGAUGGCGAUGGAUACAAUUGUACAGGUAAAAUUCUUUGGGUUUUUUCAAGUCUAUUUGAAACAAUUCUCGACAACUCGCCUUAGUUUGAGAGGUGACUUUUGACAUGUUCUGAAAUCAAUGCGAAAAAGGGAAUGUGUUUUAACCGUAACUGACUAUAUACGGAGGAUAUUACACGGUGGCGCGAAGAUAUGAAUUUUAUUUUCGAAUGGCAAAACAAUAUUUUACAAACGAGCGCAGCGAGUGAGUUAAAUAUCGUUUUUGCCACGAGAAAAUAAAAUUCAUAUCUUCAAGCCGCCGUACGCGUGUAAUGUUCUUUUUAUUAUAUAGACAAAAAGACAUCAAUAAAAUAAUAGAGGGAAAUUACCGAAAUUACGUCAUCGAUAAAACUCACGUGUGAGAUUAUGGAAAAUACACCAUUCGGGUGCCGCAUGUAGUAUUAUGAAUUUUACGUGUGGUAUAUUUUCCAGUAAAACACUCGUGAGUAUAUAAUAGGGUCCCAAUGGGGGGGUGGUCGGAGCCUAGGAGCCCUAAAAUUUUUUCCGCCCGUGUAGCCCGCAGCCCCAUCGCUUCGUUGCUUGGAGCCUUAAUAUUAUUUUACUGUAGAGCCUAGAGCCCUCAAAACGUUUGCUGCGGAGCCAGUAGCCCCAAAUAUUAAAAUUCGGACAUAUCUUGCACACAGAUAGCGUCAUAACGUGCUUUGUUUGUUGUUUGCUGGGAAUCGGAACGAAGAUAAAAAAAAAAAAAACAGUAAACUAGACUGAGGCUAAACAUCUGGUUCUCAUGUUGUCUUCGUCAAUUGUCCUCUGUACAUGUCUGACCAGGAGAUAUAUUCGUAAGUCAGGAAUUCAAAAUCAAAUAAAAACAAAUUAAAGUUACUGUCUUGGACACGUUUCCUGGCUCUUCUUGAUCUUCUUGUUGAAACUUCCUCCUGCUCACUCAGAUUCUCCUUCAUCUCCUACUUCUGCCAUUAAUUUUCUUUCUGUGGGCGUCAUAGUAUCAUCCUCGUCUAAUGCCCAGAGCAUUGUCUUUUCAUAUCACUCUUCAUGAACUCUUACGGUCCCCUCUUAACAACAUAGGCAAUGCCAUACUCUAGAAUUCCUUGCGAUACUACACUGACGUUCCAAAUACCAGAAUCCGUGAAAUGAAAGGGUAGAAGAUCCUCUGAGAAGCAGAGGCAUUUGCACCUUAUAUUAAACGCAUCCAUCAUGAUUAAUAAAUAACUCUAGAUAACUGUGAAACACGAGUAGAGUGGAGAAUACCUUAUAAAAACAGCGUUUAGAAAACAGAAAUUGCUGUUUUUCCUCAAUUCUAGGGUUUGCUUUUGGAUUAAAUCAAAAAAGCAUAGCGGAGCCUGGAGCCCUUGAUCAAUUUCUGGGGAGCCCUGGGGCCCUGUUUAUUUUGGUCCGGAGCCCCGGAGCCCCGCUAUUUUGGGUCCGGAGCCCUGGAGCCCCAAACCCUUUGGGACCCUGAUAUGAUAAAUAAUUAUAUUAUACUGGUGGCUAUAUUGACUACCUAUUUGUUCAGGCAGAAUAAAUUUAAUAUUUACUUUAAUUAUCACUCAGACGCAGACGAAUGCCUGAACAACUCUCACAAUUGUAGCGAAAAUGCCAACUGUACCAACACCGAAGGGUCCUUCAACUGUAGUUGCAAACUAUGGUACAUUGGAAAUGGCCACAACUGUUCACUGGCAGGUUGGUUCUUGAAAUUCCUGUCUCGCUUUCCGUUAGUUUUGAGACUUUUGGUUCAGUACAAAAAGGGUUAAUGUUCAGUGAUGUACUAUUAUAAAUUGAAGUAAAUUAUAAGAAAUUGUGAAAUUAUUAAAAUCUUUAUUACGAAACCUCAAUUAAAAUCCUAUUUACAAUCAACCCGCUGUUACAAAAAAUCUAAUUAAUUCAUCAAAACACUAUUCAUUUACAAAUUCUAAAAAAUAGAAGUAACUUAACCUUACAUAAACGAAGAGGAAAUAGAUAUAAUUAAUAAUAAAAGUUCAAAAUUCUAUAAAAUAAAGAAUGCCAUUAUGCAGAGAUAUUAAGAUCAUACAAUCGAAUUAUACUAAUGACGGCUAAACCAGUGCCCAUAAAAAGCCCUAAGUAUAAAAGCAUAUAGACACGUAUUUCAGAUAUCCGCACUAGCGACAUUUACUUUACAGUCUAAUGAUUGCUCUAUCUUGCUACGAAAAGGCGUUCGCGAACCUCUGACGCAUGCCAUGUACCGAUCUUAAGAGUUCAAACGAGAUCUGUGUCCUGAGCCAAGUGAUUACAACAUGAUAAGGCUCGGUGUCUUUCUGAGCUAUCUUGUCUGCGAGAUGCUUUAAGAACCGCUGACACUCGUUUCCCAUUCCGCCAUUGGUUCCAAACACUAAAGGCGUAAAAUAAAAUUAUAAGAAAUUGUUACUCGCUCUUUUUAUAACACAUGUAAUUUCAUUUAUUUAUUCAGUUAUUAUUUACUUACUUAUUCAAAUCUAACAUCUCAGUCGUCACGACUAUUGUGGAUAACGUCAGAGCUCAUCUCAAAAUAUUUGCAUCAUCAUGUAAAAUACAUCCUCGGAUAACUCUUAAGGAGUAACCAUUAACCCCCCAUUCUGUACUACGAUGGGAGUAUAAGAUAAGAUGAUUGACCGAGAUAAACACCAUCCAUUAAUGAUCAACUAGUUAUUUAAGCCUUUAAAUCCUAAGGUCUAAAUUAAAAUUCUCCUUUGUCGCCCCUAUUGAUUUACUAUAGAAGUAGUGGGGAGAAGUUGGCAAAAUAUCAAGCAAAUACAUCUUGUGUGAUCAUGUCCUUAAUUCUCAUUACAACUUUUGUUUUACAAAGCAUCGGUAUUACAAGGAGAAAUUUGAUGCUGAUCACUCUUAGGGUGUAAAGGGUUAAAUGGAAAAAAAGAGAUCCGGAACAGCCUUUUUCAAGUCUUAGAAGGUGGCUAGUAGGUGGCUCAGUCACACAACAAACCAGUUACACGUCUUCAAACAGCUCUUGCACAAUUUUACUUUGGAUAGAAAUAUUAAGAAUCACAAAACGACCAAUAUUCGAUUCCUGCCAAGUCAGGUUGUGGAUUGAUAAAUGCAGAAGUUCUUCUUGGCGGAGACACCACAUCAGUUCAUAUUAACUAUAACCACAGUUCACGACAUUACUAACACGGGAGAAAAUUGUAUGUGUAGAAUUUGUAAGACCAGCGCUGAAUCACGGGAUCAUUCGAAAUGCAGACGCAUGCAUGUACAAGUGUAGCUCGGUCCCAAAACAAAAACGAACAAUUAUACAAAACUGGUAGUGCUCGAGGUGAUGCAUGGUUGGGACCCAUGUCAGCGAAUAAUCUACUUACUUUGGAAAACGCCAGUGGUCUGUUCAAGAGACACUAUUACCGCGAUGUCCAAUAGUCUUUGAUCUACCCCAAAAAAUAUUGAUAUCAAUCUAGUACCCAUUCGUCCGCCAAACCCUUACUUACAUCCUUCCGUCCACGAUUAUCCCAUAAAAAAUGUAUUCAGUUUUACCUCGAGUUUGAGCAAAGGACACAAGAGCAAAGAAGAGAUCUACCUUAGCAGAACCGUACGGGUGCUAUUACUCAUUUUCACGUUCUCGCUCAUUUCGAAAUUGUCGCGUGGCUUUGCUGCUAUGCCUGUUUGCUGUGGAGUUAAAGGUCUUUUUUGCUUCUUUUGACUGGUUUUGUUUUUAAUGCUACCUUCCGCUUUCACUUUGUUCAUUAUCAUCCCUGAUCUAAUAUGCAUGCAUGCACUUUUUUUUAACGAAAGAUUAGUCAUUCAUCCAGCCAUCCAUUCAUUCGUCGUUCAUUUACUAUACCACCUAUCUACUUUUCUGUCUAAUCUAAAUGCAGGACAUGUGUAAAAUGAGGCUGUGGCUAGGUACGCAAAUAUAAGGAUGGAUUCCCUGACCGUGAUAUUUUCUCAUUCAAAAUAACCUUUUUGUAUCAUCCAUAUGUUUCCAUUUUCAGAAUUUUCAAUAAACUCAACAAUAUUACAUAGAAAUCAGUCUUAUCUGCAACAUCUUCACCGUUUUCUUGCCAAGGCUCCUGAGGUUGGGGAGGAUUCUUCCUGGCUUCUUUGCUACAAUGCUACUUCACAUGGUUGGAGUAACACAAUCUUCCACCAAAAAUGUGAUCAUAAAAGAAAUACUGUCACCAUCAUACAGGAAGGCCAAUAUGUCUUUGGAGGAUACACUGACAUUCCUUGGAGUAAGAAUUCAACUUGAUUUUUAAGUACCUUUAAAGGGCUUUAGUGCCACGGGUGUUUCACUGACACCUUAAAAUACUCCUACCGUUGUUCCUCGUAAGUGCAAAAUGAUUUCAAUAAUAGUACUCGCAAUGUAGUUUACUAUAGAAUAAUGCUUCAGUACAGAGAGCGACAAAUACGAUUGUUCGAAUGAUGAAUUAGUUGCCCGAGACAUACGCCGUUUACACUUUACCUAAUAAGCUCUGUACGUUUCACCCGUUCAAAUGAGUUAAAUUCAGUGACAACAUUCUAACUAUAAAUUCAACUUAAAUCCAUAUUAACCAGCUACAUUAUUUUUUUCAAGUUUUUUUUCUCUCAACGGAGUUACAUUAUUUUCAAAGCGGCGCCCUGAAUAAACGCCCAGCCUAAUUCUUAAAGUAAAAAGAUAGAUUUUGCAUUGGAGCCAAGGGCCCAUCCGAGGUUAGAGCGUUAAAAACCGGUUUCCACUAACAUGAAGCGAUCAGUAGCACUGCUUCCUUCUCUUUGGAUAAAAUGAUAUUCAAUCGCAAGGUUAUGCGAUGUGAUAAGAAACGAAAUACUAUCUCCAUCAUAAAGAAAGGCCCAAGGGUCUUUGGAGGAUACAGUGACGUUCUUUGGGGUAAGAUUUUAUAUUGACUUUGAAGUAUCUCUAGUAGAUAAAAGGUUCAAGGGCUUUAGGGACUGUGCAAUAAUUAUCAGGAGGGGGAGCUGAAAAUGAGCCUGACAUAGAGUGAUAUUACGUGGCGCCCCCCGCCGACUUACAUUUGCAUGUUCUCUCUUUAUACUGUUCUGUAACGUUUUUCGACGGCUGCGUCUGGAGAAUUACCUCAAAACUACGAGGUGAGGCAAAGCCAACCAUUUCAAAACAGUCGGAUUGCGCAUCAUCUCUUGAAUUCUCCUGUGAAUCACUGGAUUGAAGCUUUGGGUCAUUUGCUUCGUUACACCAUCGAUUUCGCCUGGUUGAGUCAUGACCAGAACGAACAAAACUCAGAACGCGAGCUAAUAGUCUCUCUUUCCUCGACCUCUUUUAGCGUCAUGUUUUCGUCAUGUUUGUCAUUUAAUCGAACUGGGGAGGUAUUCUCGCAUCCCGCUAUUCAAACAAUGUUCAUGAGGUUCACCUGGCACUUCCUUUUGGCUGAAAAUGUCUUUACAUUUAAACGUAAUUAUAUUUCAUUAAAAAUAUUUCCCCAAUUCCGAUUGGCUAAAAUCACACGCAUAAUUCACAAUAACCAGUUACUGAUGACCAAAUUUGGAAGAAUUUUGUGUUUAACGAGGAAAUGACGUCAAAAAUGCAGCCCGCUAUAGGUUAACGCACCGUUAACCGAGAAGACCUAGGGACGAGGUUGAGUUGUUUUGGUUGUGAAAACAAAGAUGGCCGACACUUCACUCGUUUCAAGAGUAAGAACUACAGCUGGAACUAGGCCAAAUAAUAGCUACUAACAUAGCAAAAACAAAAAGAAGACAACUCGGAAGACAAACUAGGAAUUAUUUUGAAUGAAUGAUAAAACAAUUAUUGAAUUCGGCUUUCGUAUCAUAUGAUGAAUUAUGGAGAUCUCGGAGGGUGUUAUCCACCUCGGCCUACGGACUCGACGGAUAACACCCUCCUCGAUCUCCAUAGUUCUUCAUAAGAUACUCAGCUUCAUUCAUUAAUUGUUAAUUAAUUACUACAGAGGGGACACCACAUCUGUUGGUUACUUGUGUCUCGUAACGAGACACCUCCUUUUUAAUACCUUGGUUACACCCAUAUUCUGUUAAGUAGAAAUAACUAAGGCUAAAAUAUUAUCAGUAACCACGAUUGUUCAAGGCUUUGGUACUAAUUAUUGCUGGUCAGUUCUGUGAUAUAUUUUGAUCGCAAAUAAGUAGUGCUUUGUGAAAAACCUAGCCUGCGUAGCAGGCGCUUGGAAGUAGUGGGCACAAGAAAAAACUGGCGCGCGAGAAGAAGACACGCGAGGGAAGAGGAAGCGCCCGCUCGUAAGGCCCCCGAAAAUCUUUCCCGCCCCCUCUCCAAUUACCUGGUAGCCGUUGCGUGAUCUGUCAAAAGUUUUGACGGAAAAUGACUGACCUCGCACAAAUAAAGUGUGCCGCCAAAAAGCGUUGUUCAUUUUAUAUUCGGUCUAAAAUAUAUCUGUUAUAAAGAUCAGCUUGGUUAUCUGACUAUAGAGCGAUGGAGCAAUAAACUGAUUGUUAACACAGCUUUAAAUCGUUUUUAGCCACGGGCACAAUAAAUAGGAAAUAGCAAAGUCAAAACCGGGUAUCUUUUAAAGAAUGUAUGCUGUGUAUUAUAGAAAACUAAAAAUAUUGUUCUCUGAGCUUAUGCUCGGUGUCUUUCUGAGCUAUCUUGUCUGCGAGAUGCUUUAAGAACCGCUGACACUCGUUUCCCAUUCCGCCAUUGGUUCCAAACACUAAAGGCGUAAAAUAAAAUUAUAAGAAAUUGUUACUCGCUCUUUUUAUAACACAUGUAAUUUCAUUUAUUUAUUCAGUUAUUAUUUACUUACUUAUUCAAAUCUAACAUCUCAGUCGUCACGACUAUUGUGGAUAACGUCAGAGCUCAUCUCAAAAUAUUUGCAUCAUCAUGUAAAAUACAUCCUCGGAUAACUCUUAAGGAGUAACCAUUAACCCCCCAUUCUGUACUACGAUGGGAGUAUAAGAUAAGAUGAUUGACCGAGAUAAACACCAUCCAUUAAUGAUCAACUAGUUAUUUAAGCCUUUAAAUCCUAAGGUCUAAAUUAAAAUUCUCCUUUGUCGCCCCUAUUGAUUUACUAUAGAAGUAGUGGGGAGAAGUUGGCAAAAUAUCAAGCAAAUACAUCUUGUGUGAUCAUGUCCUUAAUUCUCAUUACAACUUUUGUUUUACAAAGCAUCGGUAUUACAAGGAGAAAUUUGAUGCUGAUCACUCUUAGGGUGUAAAGGGUUAAAUGGAAAAAAAGAGAUCCGGAACAGCCUUUUUCAAGUCUUAGAAGGUGGCUAGUAGGUGGCUCAGUCACACAACAAACCAGUUACACGUCUUCAAACAGCUCUUGCACAAUUUUACUUUGGAUAGAAAUAUUAAGAAUCACAAAACGACCAAUAUUCGAUUCCUGCCAAGUCAGGUUGUGGAUUGAUAAAUGCAGAAGUUCUUCUUGGCGGAGACACCACAUCAGUUCAUAUUAACUAUAACCACAGUUCACGACAUUACUAACACGGGAGAAAAUUGUAUGUGUAGAAUUUGUAAGACCAGCGCUGAAUCACGGGAUCAUUCGAAAUGCAGACGCAUGCAUGUACAAGUGUAGCUCGGUCCCAAAACAAAAACGAACAAUUAUACAAAACUGGUAGUGCUCGAGGUGAUGCAUGGUUGGGACCCAUGUCAGCGAAUAAUCUACUUACUUUGGAAAACGCCAGUGGUCUGUUCAAGAGACACUAUUACCGCGAUGUCCAAUAGUCUUUGAUCUACCCCAAAAAAUAUUGAUAUCAAUCUAGUACCCAUUCGUCCGCCAAACCCUUACUUACAUCCUUCCGUCCACGAUUAUCCCAUAAAAAAUGUAUUCAGUUUUACCUCGAGUUUGAGCAAAGGACACAAGAGCAAAGAAGAGAUCUACCUUAGCAGAACCGUACGGGUGCUAUUACUCAUUUUCACGUUCUCGCUCAUUUCGAAAUUGUCGCGUGGCUUUGCUGCUAUGCCUGUUUGCUGUGGAGUUAAAGGUCUUUUUUGCUUCUUUUGACUGGUUUUGUUUUUAAUGCUACCUUCCGCUUUCACUUUGUUCAUUAUCAUCCCUGAUCUAAUAUGCAUGCAUGCACUUUUUUUUAACGAAAGAUUAGUCAUUCAUCCAGCCAUCCAUUCAUUCGUCGUUCAUUUACUAUACCACCUAUCUACUUUUCUGUCUAAUCUAAAUGCAGGACAUGCGUAAAAUGAGGCUGUGGCUAGGUACGCAAAUAUAAGGAUGGAUUCCCUGACCGUGAUAUUUUCUCAUUCAAAAUAACCUUUUUGUAUCAUCCAUAUGUUUCCAUUUUCAGAAUUUUCAAUAAACUCAACAAUAUUACAUAGAAAUCAGUCUUAUCUGCAACAUCUUCACCGUUUUCUUGCCAAGGCUCCUGAGGUUGGGGAGGAUUCUUCCUGGCUUCUUUGCUACAAUGCUACUUCACAUGGUUGGAGUAACACAAUCUUCCACCAAAAAUGUGAUCAUAAAAGAAAUACUGUCACCAUCAUACAGGAAGGCCAAUAUGUCUUUGGAGGAUACACUGACAUUCCUUGGAGUAAGAAUUCAACUUGAUUUUUAAGUACCUUUAAAGGGCUUUAGUGCCACGGGUGUUUCACUGACACCUUAAAAUACUCCUACCGUUGUUCCUCGUAAGUGCAAAAUGAUUUCAAUAAUAGUACUCGCAAUGUAGUUUACUAUAGAAUAAUGCUUCAGUACAGAGAGCGACAAAUACGAUUGUUCGAAUGAUGAAUUAGUUGCCCGAGACAUACGCCGUUUACACUUUACCUAAUAAGCUCUGUACGUUUCACCCGUUCAAAUGAGUUAAAUUCAGUGACAACAUUCUAACUAUAAAUUCAACUUAAAUCCAUAUUAACCAGCUACAUUAUUUUUUUCAAGUUUUUUUUCUCUCAACGGAGUUACAUUAUUUUCAAAGCGGCGCCCUGAAUAAACGCCCAGCCUAAUUCUUAAAGUAAAAAGAUAGAUUUUGCAUUGGAGCCAAGGGCCCAUCCGAGGUUAGAGCGUUAAAAACCGGUUUCCACUAACAUGAAGCGAUCAGUAGCACUGCUUCCUUCUCUUUGGAUAAAAUGAUAUUCAAUCGCAAGGUUAUGCGAUGUGAUAAGAAACGAAAUACUAUCUCCAUCAUAAAGAAAGGCCCAAGGGUCUUUGGAGGAUACAGUGACGUUCUUUGGGGUAAGAUUUUAUAUUGACUUUGAAGUAUCUCUAGUAGAUAAAAGGUUCAAGGGCUUUAGGGACUGUGCAAUAAUUAUCAGGAGGGGGAGCUGAAAAUGAGCCUGACAUAGAGUGAUAUUACGUGGCGCCCCCCGCCGACUUACAUUUGCAUGUUCUCUCUUUAUACUGUUCUGUAACGUUUUUCGACGGCUGCGUCUGGAGAAUUACCUCAAAACUACGAGGUGAGGCAAAGCCAACCAUUUCAAAACAGUCGGAUUGCGCAUCAUCUCUUGAAUUCUCCUGUGAAUCACUGGAUUGAAGCUUUGAUUCAUUUGCUUCGUUACACCAUCGAUUUCGCCUGGUUGAGUCAUGACCAGAACGAACAAAACUCAGAACGCGAGCUAAUAGUCUCUCUUUCCUCGACCUCUUUUAGCGUCAUGUUUUCGUCAUGUUUGUCAUUUAAUCGAACUGGGGAGGUAUUCUCGCAUCCCGCUAUUCAAACAAUGUUCAUGAGGUUCACCUGGCACUUCCUUUUGGCUGAAAAUGUCUUUACAUUUAAACGUAAUUAUAUUUCAUUAAAAAUAUUUCCCCAAUUCCGAUUGGCUAAAAUCACACGCAUAAUUCACAAUAACCAGUUACUGAUGACCAAAUUUGGAAGAAUUUUGUGUUUAACGAGGAAAUGACGUCAAAAAUGCAGCCCGCUAUAGGUUAACGCACCGUUAACCGAGAAGACCUAGGGACGAGGUUGAGUUGUUUUGGUUGUGAAAACAAAGAUGGCCGACACUUCACUCGUUUCAAGAGUAAGAACUACAGCUGGAACUAGGCCAAAUAAUAGCUACUAACAUAGCAAAAACAAAAAGAAGACAACUCGGAAGACAAACUAGGAAUUAUUUUGAAUGAAUGAUAAAACAAUUAUUGAAUUCGGCUUUCGUAUCAUAUGAUGAAUUAUGGAGAUCUCGGAGGGUGUUAUCCACCUCGGCCUACGGACUCGACGGAUAACACCCUCCUCGAUCUCCAUAGUUCUUCAUAAGAUACUCAGCUUCAUUCAUUAAUUGUUAAUUAAUUACUACAGAGGGGACACCACAUCUGUUGGUUACUUGUGUCUCGUAACGAGACACCUCCUUUUUAAUACCUUGGUUACACCCAUAUUCUGUUAAGUAGAAAUAACUAAGGCUAAAAUAUUAUCAGUAACCACGAUUGUUCAAGGCUUUGGUACUAAUUAUUGCUGGUCAGUUCUGUGAUAUAUUUUGAUCGCAAAUAAGUAGUGCUUUGUGAAAAACCUAGCCUGCGUAGCAGGCGCUUGGAAGUAGUGGGCACAAGAAAAAACUGGCGCGCGAGAAGAAGACACGCGAGGGAAGAGGAAGCGCCCGCUCGUAAGGCCCCCGAAAAUCUUUCCCGCCCCCUCUCCAAUUACCUGGUAGCCGUUGCGUGAUCUGUCAAAAGUUUUGACGGAAAAUGACUGACCUCGCACAAAUAAAGUGUGCCGCCAAAAAGCGUUGUUCAUUUUAUAUUCGGUCUAAAAUAUAUCUGUUAUAAAGAUCAGCUUGGUUAUCUGACUAUAGAGCGAUGGAGCAAUAAACUGAUUGUUAACACAGCUUUAAAUCGUUUUUAGCCACGGGCACAAUAAAUAGGAAAUAGCAAAGUCAAAACCGGGUAUCUUUUAAAGAAUGUAUGCUGUGUAUUAUAGAAAACUAAAAAUAUUGUUCUCUGAGCUUACUUAGCCACAACUGGACAGACACCAACGAUCACAGCGUUCGUGGAAAGUGACCGUUACUUUUACUGCGCUAAGUGGCAGCCGUUUUUGGAGCAGACAUGUCUUACUAAGAGGACCUAAACUUCAGAACACAAACUGUACCGACUUGUUUUCUACUGCAGUAACGAGACAUGAUAAACAACAGACCUCAGGUCGCCUCCGAACGGGAAAUAAUACAAUAGUGAACUGUUUUUUCAAAUUCAUGCCCUUUGUAACUGUUUCAAUUCAUCAGUCAUGUCCAAGUUUUGAGGGCAUACGUUCCAUCAACAACACAAGCCGCCAAGUUCUCCUGAGCAAAGAAUAUUUCCUCUGAUCCUCAUUGCAACGAUUCGACAAAUCUUUUGUCUCUCGCCACUUCUGCUAAUGCGUAUCUGAUGUCAAUUCUUUCCAUCGUGAAAACCGUUUGACCACUCCAAUUUUUCUUUGAGAUUACAGCCAUAUAGUCCCAUUAAACCAGAUUGAGGUGGCCUCCGAGACCUGAACUUCGAUUGUAUACAAUUUAGUGGUUUUAGGAGCUAGUGGUGUAAUGUAAGAUCUUCAAAACGUUGUCCAUGUACCAUUGAUUGACCGUUUUCUCGCCCCGCACGGUUAAUUUUUCCCUCGGAAGCCUCUCGACCAACUGGAAAUAUCCGCACUCACAGAAUGCGAGUUGAAACGAUUUUCGGUGGCCUUCCGUGCAGGCCUCUCCCUAGCCCCUCGCGUGUCUCCCUCGCGCACGCCCGUUCUCUCUUUCGCCCACUACUUCCAAGCACCUGCUACGCAGGCUAUGAAACCCCAGACCUUCAGAUCCGAAGUUUGAGGAAUUAGCUGCUUGACCACAAACCUUUCAGGUAUUUAGUUCAUGCAAGACAAACUUUUAGACGGCGAAAAAAUCUAUCUAGUAAUCUUAUCUUACCUAGGUUGGCUGGAAAAGUUGAUAGCUUUUUUCAGCGCUUUCAUGGAUUAACAAUGUCCAAGUAUUAUGAGACUGCCAAAAUCGGUGGUUUGACAAAAAAAUUCUCAUAAACUUUAAUUAAAAGGCUAAAGGGAUAACUUAUUUAAAAUCCCGCUUAAAUAACUCAUCCCAGUGGUUAAUGGAACGGAGUGGGUGGCACGUUAAUAUAUUUCGUAAAGAUUUCACGAUCUUGUAACAGAAGAUAUAGGGCUUAUCAGCGAUGGCGCUGCAGAGAGCUAUGCUCGACACUAUCUCAAAUUAUUAGGUUAAAGGCAUCUAAAGACGCUUGCUUGUUGAACCAAACUUGGAGCCUGACAAAAAGCAUGGAGAAAUCUUUAGAUACAUGCAACUUGCGAAUACUGCUUAUAGCGCUUAAUAUCCUACAAAAACAACAUACUACGAACAAUGAACUUUAUAGCGAUUUAUGAAAACUAAAUGAAAGGACCAGAGAGGCUUGUCAUGCAGAGAAAGCAGCAUCCAAAGUUGUGCCUUAGAGGCCAGCAAGAAAAACCGUUAACCGUGGAAGAAGAACUGAAGACACUAUACCUUUUAUUGACAACCUGAUGAGGGACGCUGAUCUGGAAUCAGUUUCAGAAAUCAGACUGCAAUAACAGACAAGACAUUGCAAGGGGCGGCAACCUUGUCAGCUAAGUUCAGGGGACUUCCCCCGAUAGAAAUGAGGUGGUGAGGUGAUCUUAGAUUUUGAUGAAAAUUCAGAUAUCAAGUAAAUUUGGUACAGUUUUCUUGUCAUGGUCGGUUACCUUUACCUCAAUGAUUCCUCGCGAAGCGAGCCAUCCGAGGAGCGAGAUAAUUUUGUCGAAAUUCGUAUUGCGCGAGAAAUGUACGUGAAUGUAUCUGGACCGUUGCCUAGUCCCUGUACGGCGUUUUCCCAGUCCCUCUCGGUCAAUUCACUUCGCUUGAACCACAAGGCCCGAAACGCUUUGGCCGCGCGGAAUAAUGAGGCCUAGGGACUAGGCAACGUGGACAACACAGCGCGGCAGAAACACGACUCAGAUUCAUUUACAACUUGCGACGCCAUAAUCGAUGAGGUUACUGCUACUGCCAAGCAGGUAUAUGAUAUAUCUGGUUGGCAGUCGCAGUGACGUCAUCUAUUGUGGCGUCGAGUUGCAUCAAGGUUUCUAGGCAACGCGACUUCCACUGGCUACAAAGGCCAAAAUGUUCGUUCAUCCUUUUUGAAAAAUGUUUACUGUUGGUGAAUCACGACCGAUUCUCCUCAUGCAAAUAAUGUAUAACGCCGUAAAGAGACUUCGCGACGAUCUCGCGUCAAGACACUUAUCAGCUUUGUCGGCGAUACAUUUAUAUUCUUCAAAUAUGAUGAAUUGAGUUGAAGUACGGCUUUUACCUUCAACACCCUGCUUAUUUUCCUCGAAUAUCUCUUUGAUUUCUUGAUAAAUACAGCUCCACCAGCUUCUGACCGCGUCUAUCAGCAAAAUUUUACGGCAAAAAAGCUUUGAAUAUUAUUAUUUCCAAACCCCCCACCCCCCCUCCGUUUUGUGGUUGUUUUGUUUUGUCUUUUUUUUAACCAUAUUGUUUUUACCUAUUGGCUGGUUUCAGUUUGUUUGUACUGCUGCCCAUUUACGCCUUCGCAAGGUGUUGCGAUAAACGUAUUUCUAGAAGUAACAAUAAUCAGAUUAACAAAUAGAAAUGACGUCAACGUACAAAUAGGCUAUUUUACUGUCUUCUGAAAGGAAAAUAUACAUGGUAACAAAUAUGUUAAUUAAAAUAUAUAAAAAAACAACAUGAAGUAUAUAUUUAAUCAUUUGAAAUUCUUAUUUCAUGUUUUUGUUUUGUUUUGUUUUGUUAGAAUCCAGUGGUGACGGAGCUAAAACCCCCAACGCGUUUAUCUUUUCUCUCAACAAUUUUGAAGGGCUACCACCGUUUGUGAGCAAGGUAAAAAAAGGGAAGACAAAAAUGGCCAUCAGCAGGGGUUCAGAUACUGGUCCAGUGUUUGGUCAGGACCUUUCAAUUUUUCUUGACUACAAGCUUGCAGAGGCAGUCUUGGACAAGUCCUACUCUGUUCCAGAUUUAGUGAAGGACAAGAUGGCAAUCCUGGACGGGAAUAAAGGGACCUUCUCACCUGAUGAGGUGGAGGUAUUUUAUCUUGACCCAUCCCGCUAA